AUGGCCACCGAGAACUAUAGCAGCAAAAGACUAACUGCUUCCCGGCCUUCCUCCAUCAUCAGCACUCUCGGAGUCGAUGAAGAUCUCCUCGUCGAAAUUCUGAUCCGACUCCCGGGCCCUAAAUCCGUCUUCCGAUGCAAAUCCGUCUCCAGACGCUGGAACGCUCUAAUCUCCGCUCCCUAUUUCUCUCGCCGUUUCGUUUCUCACCACCGGACCCCGUCCCCCGCCAAUGCGGGCGAAUCGGAACAGCCCGUCCUGAUCAUCUCACACGUGCGUCAAUUGAUCUCGAGCUUUCUCCCUUUCCCUCACGGGACCGAGUCGAAGUUCUCGGUUCUCGAUUCGGUCAAGGACUUGCUCUUAAUCGGAUUCUGGGGGCCGGAGACGACCGAGCAGGAACUGCGCAGGACGCACCUGAUCUGCAAUCCGUUUACGAAGCAAUGGGUCGCCCUUCCUCUGGCGCCUAAAAUGGCCGCCAGGUUGAGUCGCGAUAGAUGGAUCGUGAAAUUAGUCCUUGAGCCGUUUAAUUCCUCCUCCUCCUCCGCCCCACGUGAAUUCCGGGUGGUGCGAAUGUACAAUCCGAUGCGGGGAGGUCCAGCAAAAGUGGAUGUGUACACGUUCUGUUCGAGAUCCGGACGGUGGACGAAAUCCGUUCUCCGUCUCGAUGCCGAUUUAAGGUGCUGGAUAGCUGAUCAUCGUGUAGUUUCGACCAACGGGAAGUUGUACUGGCUGAACAGCAUGCGAGGAGUUGUAGUAAAGUGGGAUCCUCCUUUCUGCCAGCUGGACUAUGGGAUGGUGGGUACUGCUAGAUUUCCAGUAUUGUUAGAGGGCUGCGAGCUCGAUUCGCAAAUCACUUCUUGCUACGGUCUGUGGGUCUCGGAAGACGACGGUGGUGAUCAUGUGCACAUGGUUUGCAAUGAACGGAUGGGUUCGAUGGGUUCGAUGAUGAGUGUUUGGAGACUGGUGGAGGACGAAAAGGGAGGAGGAGGAUGUUGGAGGAAACAGUAUGAAGUGGCGUGGUCUAACAGCUUGAGUUGUGCUCGCAAGUACAGAGACGGGAACGGCAGCGAGAUGGAGAUCGAGAUCGAGAUGCUGGAUUUGGUGUUCACAACCGUGAGUUAG